AAGAAAGAAAGAAAGAAAGAGAGACGGCGGAUCGUCUCUCGAGCGAGGGGUCCUUCCGUUCGGGUGCUAGGGGUGUGCAGCCUUGGACGAGGGGUCGCACUCGACUCUUUUAAAGUGGGCAAACCGCGCAAAGAAUAAGAGAACGUCCUCGGGGCGAUGACAGGAUGCCUCCUUCUCGAUCAGGACGCGUCUGCGAAGGACCACCGUCUAGAAUCGCCAUUAGGAUCGGACCCACCAUUGCCCUGUUGCUGAUUCUCCUCGAGAAUCGUCGCGCAACCUGCUUAAUGAGCAACUCCGUGGACGACUGGGUGAGCGGCAACGCCGUGGUCUGCAACGGUAUCCCAGGGAUGACGAAGGAACAGCGCGACCUAUGCAACAGAAACCCGGACGUGACGGUGGCUGCGAUCAAGGGGCUGCAAAUGGCGAUAGUCGAGUGUCAGCAUCAAUUCAUGUGGCACAGGUGGAACUGUUCGUCGCUGACGCCUCGAAUCCGUACCCAGCAGAGCAGCGUUCUCCUUAAGAGAGGUUACAGGGAGACCGCGUUCGCGUUCGCAAUUUUCGCAGCUGGGGUGGCGCACAGCGUGGCCCGCGCGUGCAGCAUGGGACGGUUGCUCUCCUGCGGAUGCGACCCGUCGAGCUACAAGGGUAAGCCGCCUGGCAAGGCCAGGGGCACCCAAUGGAAGUGGGGCGGCUGCUCUCACAACCUCGACUACGGCAUGGAGUUCUCGAGACAGUUCCUAGAUACGCGCGAGAUAGCCGGGGAUAUACAGUCGAUGGUCAAUCUCCACAACAAUCAAGCUGGCCGCUUGGCGGUGGCGAGCAACAUGCAAGUGCGCUGCAAGUGCCACGGUAUGUCGGGUUCCUGCGAGCUCAAGACCUGCUGGAAAGUGGCGCCGGACUUCCGGAUAGUCGGGAAAACGCUCAAAGAUCGCUUUCGAAACGCAGUGUUGGUGGCGCAGAGCAACGUGGGGAGCGUGACCUCUUUAACCAGAGUGAGGGGAUCGCGAAGGAGGAGGCCGGAUCGUCAGAGGCAAAGGAAACAUCGCGGCGGAUCGGGUGGCGGCGGUGGAAACGGUGGCGGGCGCAAAAGAAGACCGCGAGAUCUCGCCAAGCAGCUGUUUUACUACCAAGACUCGCCGAAUUUCUGCGAGAGGGACCCGAGCGCGGACAUUCCAGGGACCGCCGGUCGGAGAUGCAACAAGACCAGUUCCGGCAGAGACGGAUGCAGCAGCCUCUGCUGCGACAGAGGUUACAACGUCGUGAGACAAAGACGCGUCGAAAGAUGCAGAUGCAAGUUUCAUUGGUGUUGCUUCGUGCAAUGUCAAAACUGUACCGUGGAGGAGUGGAUCACUGACGAAGAAGCGGACACCGAAGAGAACCUGAAUCGAGCUGAUUCACGUUCGUUUCACGAACCAGCUAGCUUUCCAGAUCUCAAACUGAACGCAGAAAAGAUGCGCGAUUCGCGGUUGAAUACGCGAUCGGCCGUCAGCCAUACGGAGAUCGACUGUGACAGACCGAUUUAACGCCGCGGCGAACUCGGUGACCGUACAUUAUAUUCACGCUUAGUAACGCUAUCGAGACGUGUCGCUCUAAUAAUGCUUAAAGGCAAUUACAAUUUGCCUUGGAGCAUUCGCGGCAGAGACAAUGGAGUAACUGCUCUUAAUCGCGCGAACAACGUAAUUUAAUUGGUAGAUUAAGCGGGCCAAUAAUUUAUUAAUAACGUUGCCUCUAUUUAAUAGUAGAUAUAAUUUUGAAUUAUCCACCAGCAACUGUAACACCUCCGUCACAGUAUUAUUAG